CUCUAUAAGUAGCUGCACCAACCCAUUUCUCUGUCGUUCUGUUGCAGAGCAGGAACAUCACAUCCUAGCACAUCAACCUAAGAGGUUAUGGCUCUGAGCAGACCUCUGACUUUGGGGCUCUGUCUCUUCUCCCUGCUGGUUCUGCCAGUCCAGAUGGAGAAGUGUGAAUGCCAGGGUCCUAGAGGAAUGCCUGGGAUUCCUGGCAUUCCUGGCCCUCGUGGGCCUGUUGGGCCUUCUGGAGGCAUGCCUGGACUUCCUGGUCCACCUGGAGAGAGAGGCCCACCUGGACCUCCUGAACUCUCUGGUGUUCCUUGUUUAGUUGGUCGAGAUGAACGAGGUCCCUGGUCCACCUGGAUCACCUGGACCCCGGGCCCUGCAGGAGCUACUGACUUAGACCUGGAACCCCUGCAAGAAAGCUUGGUCAAACUGGAGUUGGUCAUAAACUAUGACUUCACCAGAAGAGUUGACAAGAAGUACUUUGUGUCACACAAGAGACCGGGUUCCUUUGACGAUGCUGUUCAGUUCUGUACCCAAGAGGGGCUUGGUGUUGGCUUUGCCGAAGAACGAGGAGAAAACACUGCUCUCACUCAGGUCUUUGAAGGGGCAUUGAAGAAUGCAUGGCUCAAUGUGGACAACAGUAAAGAGGGGAGGUUUCAGGUAGAUUUGAAAGGCCAUCCCCUCCCCUUUUCCAAAUGGGGAGAUGGGGAACCAAAAGUGCCUGAUGGGGAUAGAGGCUGUACAAUGUUGACCGAGUCAGGUGCAUGGCAGGUGACAUAUGAUUGCUCCUUCAAUGCCUAUAUCGUGUGUGAGAUAUAGGGACAUGUCUAUGAAAAGCUGUUUCAGAGUUUACCAUGAAAGCUUUCUUCACUUCAAUUACGAUUCUCCAGGUCUUGUCUCUAGGUCUUGUCUCUAGGUCUUGUCUCUAGGUUUUAUCUAAUGCACAUUUUCAGUUCUUCACAUUUCCUCAUUUUUUUUUAUUCAAAUGAGCUCAUUAAAAUGUGGGUCACAAUAUAAAAUGGAAAGGUUAACUUGUUGAUUAAAGCAACAAACACAUUUACUUUG